AUGGCGAAGCGUACGGCAGCCCCUGUAGAACAGGAAGAGGACCUCGUCACUGAGUUCUUGGAAUCGCCGGCGAAGGCCGCAAAGAUCCUGGACACACCUGCAGAGAAGGCUCCUGGCAAGAGCAAAAACACCGAGAAGGUUGAGGCUGAAGGAUCUUCAUACAAGGAUGAUGCAUCCGUGGUGCAACGGCAGCUGGCACUUGCGUUGGCCCAGCAAGAGACUGCACAGGCACAGGUGGACAUGGCUGUGAAGAACUUGGACAGAGCAAAUGCCAAGUUGGAGGACGCGGAGCAAGUGGGCGAUACGAAGAAGGUCAAGGAGGCCGAGCAGAAGGUCAAGGAGGCCAAGGAGGAGGUCAAGGAGGCCAAGGAGGAGGUCAAGGAGGCCGAGCAGAAGGUCAAGGAGGCCAAGGAGGAGGUCAAGAAGGCCAAGUCCGAGUCUGAAGCGAAAGCAAGCUCUAGCACCGCCCAGGCCGGGGACUUCAAAGCUGUUUUGCCUUUGUUAUCGUUUGGGUUUGCAGCGCUCCGGGGGGACGGCAGGGCAGCGCAAAGGGAUUGUGGGGGGGCAGAGCUGACAGCAACAUGCUCGUGCUUGUGCAUUGUCUGUUUGAAGGACUGGUGUCAGAAACUGCUCGACCAAAAGUUGGAGUUUGGAGCUGGCGACGCGCUGCUAAACACCAUCGGUGCGAAGUGGGACUACUGUGGCAGAGAAGACCUUGUCAGGGACUUGCAAGUGCCUUUCGGGGUCCUUUGUGAGCGCAAAGGUGCGGAUGCAGACAAGCAGAACCACCCGCUGCUAAUAACAUUUGCCAGCCCAGGACAGGGCAAAUCCCGCUUCCUCUCAGAGCUCCCCACCAUGAUCGAGGAGUGUCGCGUGAAGCUCAACACCGAACAGGUGCCGAAGUACCAGAAGACCCUGGCCUUCUUGAUCACCUGUGAGAAUGGCACCUCACCUGGAAACUGGGCAACUCAGGAGCUGAAUGCUGGACGCUUCGUUGCCUGCCGCAUGCUGUGGCAGCUGCGGGCGGCCAACCAGGCGGCAUUCAAAGCAGCCGGAGCUCCGAAGAACUUUGCUGCUUUCCGUGCUCAGUGCCCCCACCAUCUGGUGCCAGACGAUGUGUUGCAAGCCGUGCUACGGGACGCAAUGGAAACCGCUAUCGUCGUUCUGGGAGUGGACGGCAUGCAGGGCCUCGAAGGCUUCGACCUACGUGCUAAGGAGGCAGGUAAGGUGAAACCGUUCUAUGAGGUCAUGCUAGAAGUGUGCCGGCUUGUCAACCAAAUGGCCUCUCCGCUGGUGGUAGGAUGCACUGCUGCCACUCAAACUCUGGAUCACGGCCUGGCAUCGUCGCCCCAGCGGCGCUACCGCUUAACACUCCCUCGUGUGACCCGGGUGGAGGAAAAUGGCGAGGAUAAAGUUCCGCCUCAUCCCCUCAAGGACUUGCUGGUGCGAGACAUGGGAGGUCACGGCCGAGCUUUAGAGGCUCUGGUGCAGGCACUGCAGCCGGCGAACAUUGGAGAUGGAAGCGCUGCGGCUGUGAUUGGGGCAGUCAUGUUUCAACUGACACAGAAGUACCCCAACGCCGGCAUCCUUGGCCGGUCGGACUCGAAAACCUUCGACGAUGGCUCUAUCAAAGCAAUUCUUCGCACGGCGCUGUCAGGCAAAUUGGUUCGCAGCGGUGACAAACUUGGGAACGUCGAUGCUCAGAAGGCAGACUUGAUUCGUUUGUGGUACAAUGAUGCCGGCACUCAGUACCGCAUUGAAGUUCCGUACAUAUGGCUGCACAUGAUGCUCACAGCAGUGGCAUCACAUUCUGAAGAUCUGGCCCCAUGGGGCCUGAUGGACUACGACCAGUUUCUGAGGGAUCCGCCGCAAGAUGGCACAGAAUGGGAGGAGUUCAACGCAGCCUUUAGAGUGUUGCGGUCUUGGGCUUUCGAAGAAAAGGAAGCAGUGCCAGUACGCUCUUUGCACAGCGGUGCAAUCAUACAGCCAGGUACCUUAGCGGAGAAGAUGGUCAUCAAUCACCAUCUGAAGCGCUUCAAGGCAAAGCAUCGCAUAGCAACGGCUUCACAUGUCUGCGGCAACCCCAAGCCCCUCAAAGACUCAGCAGCGACAAAGCCCGCAAGCCAUCUCAACAAGCAUGAGUGCGAAGUCGAUGGCAAGGAGACCAAAGUCGCCACGGUCAGUUUGACUCGGACUGAUGUUCUGGUUCUGAAUGCGAAGGGUGCACCUGCUGCAGAUGCGGUCCUUCGCUUGCAGACCGAGGCUGGCGAGCUGAUUGCAGAGUGCUUGCAGAUGAAGCAUGGGCAGUCAGCUUGUCACCUAGAGGCUGAGCGUGCGAAAGCCUGUGCUGAAGAUGACAUCUUCGUGGUGCUGCGAAACAGCAAAACUGACACUCCAGCUGGCCAGAACUUGAUAUUUGUGUCCGAGGGUCAGUUCGCAGAAUACUACGGAAUUUACAGCGGCAGGGCAUUCAGCAGUGCUGCUAGAAGCUUGACAUGUCGGAUCCAGCAGUAG